GUACUAAUUUGUACCUAUUUACUCUGGUUUUAUUGAGCUUCGGUCUUCUAUCAUUAAGCUUUUGAAAAAUCUGAUAGGCAGCAUAGUCCUUUUAUUUUCAGCUGGUUCUCUCUUGAAGAAGCGAAUUAAAAACUUCAAAACGUCAUUCAUGUCAAAUGUCAAUGUCAAAUUCACAAAUUGUAACUGACAUUUCGCCACAUAAACAUGAAAAAAUUAGCGUUUUCUUUGUUUUAAACAAAUUAUACGGUAAAUUUUAAAAUUAAGAAUAUCCCCAGAAAAUACAGGAUAUGACUCGAAUGUUAUUUAUUUCGUAAAAACUAUGGAUUUUGUGGAUUUCGCAUGAAGUAACCUUGGUCGCAAGAUUUUUACUAGCUAUUGUUUUAAAUGUACUAGUUCUAAUGAUGAAUUACUAAUUUUACAAUGGAUAUUAUACUACCUGUGUGUCGAGUGUGCCUCUCGACUGAGGCUAGCAAAGAUAUUUUUGACUUAAAAUCGCAACGAAGUGAUAAGACCUGCUCUGAAAUUGUAUUGUUUUGUCUUGGUAUUCAGGUGGACAAUGAUACAAAAGUCAGUACUAAGUUGUGUUUGAAAUGCUUUAGGAAAAUAGUCUCUUUCUACAAUUUUAAGUUACUGGCUCACAAAAAUGACGAGUAUUUAAAGAAUUUGGACCCUAACACUCAUAUAAAAAAAGAAACGUUGGAUGAAGGCUUAAAAGAUGAAAGUGUAUCUUGUGACAGUGAUGUGAAUGAAAUUGUUGAUGCCGAAAUUAAGUUAGAACCUGACCCCGUGAAGGACGAAGAUGUCCCAGAGGAGUGUCAGUCAGACGACGAGCUUCUGAGCGUGAUCAAGAAAAUUAAAUAUGAAUACAUUCCAGCAGACAAUGGAACCGAAACCAAAGAAAAUGAAAACCUCAAAACCAAGAAAGGGAAAAAAGGCAAAGAAAAAUCCAAAACUCAUAUCUGUGAUGAAUGCGGCAAAAGUGUGAAGGACCUAAAGGCGCACAUGCAACAACACGAGCCCAAAGAGAACCGGAAGAGGGUGCCGUGCACCUUGUGCGAUAAAACCUUCUCAACACACAAUGCGAGAUACAAACACAAGAGAAACAAACAUCUUGGAAUUAAAAUAUCUUGUCCUAUUUGUAAUAAAGCGGUGAUCAACAUCAAGCAGCACACACUGCAAAUGCACAAGGUGUCGGAGCUGCGUUACGAGUGCGUUCCGUGCGGGCGGCGCUUCAUCUCGCCGUCGGCGCGCGACGCGCACCAGACCGUGCACACCAAGGACCGGCCGCACGCCUGCGACCAGUGCGACAAGCGCUUCCGGAGCAAGCUCAGCUUGGUGCAGCACAAGCGACAAGUCCACGAUAAAGAGAAGACUCACUUGUGCCAGUUUUGUUCUAAAAGCUUUUUCAAGAAAUAUCAUCUUCAAGUUCAUUUACGCUCGCACACGAAGGAGAAGCCGUACGAGUGCAAGCAGUGCGGCAAGUCGUUCUCGUCGUCCACCAUCCUCAAGAACCACUCCUACACGCACGCGGCCGAGAAGACCUUCCGCUGCACGCUCUGCGACAUGAGCUUCGUGCGCUCGGGAUACCUCCGCGCACACAUGCUCAGCCACACUCGAGAGAAGCGGUAUCCCUGCAACUACUGCGGCAUGAAGUUCCACCGCUCCGACCACCGCAAGCGCCACGAGUUCACGGCGCACGAGAAACACUUGGCCUCCACGUGAUAUACGACUCUAAACCCACGAACGCAGGGCACAAAGUCGCGUGGGAUAAACAGCCAGGUUCACUCUAGCAAAACACGGUGUCCACGUUAAAUACGACUUUAAACAGACUCGCGCAAGGUACAAAGUCGCAUGGCAUAAACAAGUGCCAGGUUUACUGGAGCACAAAGCACGGCCUCCACGCGAUAUCGAACUCUAAACAGACGAGCGCAGGGUACAAAGUCGCGUGCGAUAAGCUAGAACCAAACCUGGUUCCUCGAGCCCAAAACACACAGUCCAUGUAAUAUCAAACUCUAAAAUGACAAGCGCAAGGCAUUUUUUUGCGUGCAGUAAAAAAUAUAACAUGAAAUACACGCAUU